UUUACCUCGUCGCUAAACUCUUGUUAUCGAUUAGUGAAGAAUGGGUUACAGAUAGACACAUCGAACUCAAAGCCAUGAGGUCCACAACCGCAACGAUUAUAGUUGUAGCAGUGUUCUGUAUGUUCUUUAAACAGCGUGUAGAGGGCGCUGAUAACAUCCCUUCUGGUCCUCCACUUCCUCAUCAUCCUCAUCUACCGGCGGGUUCCCAGGAAAGCAAACCGGCAAAUAACCCCAACGACAAAUCUUAUAUCAGACUAUGGAAGAGGAAGUUGAAGGACGGCGUUAACUAUGAAUACACAUACCACAACCCUGUUAAGAAUGGAGCAAUCAACCAGCAAGGCUCGGUGACGCUUUUUAAAACCAAAGAUCCGAAAGGUGGUCAACCCAAAGCUACAGGUUACUUGAUUAGUUACCGAACCAGUGAAGAUUUCAGUUUCACCAAUCCCCUUGAUUCUGACUGGGACGUUGCUAACAGUCCUUAUUACUACAACAAUAACAACAAAAACACCAACAACAACUACUACCAGAGCCCGUACAAUUACCGGACCGUUGACACUGCCAGUACUCCGUACAGCCAUACUUAUUCGCCGGACCACCAACACAACAGAAAUUCGGCGUAUCAUGGCUUUCAGCGACCGGCGUCGUUAACAACGUCCCCACCUCAUGCAUCUGAGCCUCGGUGCUACGGUGAACAGAAUUUCGGCUACAACAGCAACGUAAUUUACUGCUGUAUGUAUGCCGACCGUCCUCAGCCUAGUUCUUCUCCUUACCCUAAACAUGUCUGUUGGCGCCAACAUAUCACAUGGGGCCGCCGCAUGCAAUAAAGUUAA